AUUUCGUAUUUAUUGGUUCUUUUGGAUCCUCCAUCCAGCCGCCUGGGAGUUCGAGUUGGAAUAUGUUCUGUGUCCCAUAACACCAAUCGAGAGACGAAGGUGCAGAUUGGGGAUUCAGUAAGGGGAAAAGAUGUCUUCAUUCUCCAGACUGGAGCUAAGGAUGUUAACAACUGCAUCAUGGAACUCCUGAUAAUGGCUUAUGGAUGCCGAACAUCUUCAGCCAAGUCUAUUGUAGGAGUGGUCCCGUACAUGCCUUAUUCAAAACAAUGCAAGAUGCGUAAGAGAGGAUGCAUUGUAUCGAAGCUCCUUGCCAAGCUUAUGGUUCAAGCUGGGCUGACUCAUAUCAUCACCAUGGAUCUCCAUCAGAAAGAAAUACAGGGUUUUUUCGACUGUCCUGUUGAUAACCUUCGUGCAUCACCUUUUCUCCUUGAGUACAUCACACAAUCUAUUCCAGACUGGAAAAAUGGGGUGAUAGUGGCCAGGGACCCAGGAAGUGCAAAGAAAGCUACAUCAUAUUCUGAACGUCUGCGUCUAGGAAUUGCUGUGAUCCACGGGGAGCCGAAGUAUCAGGAGAGUGAGAGCGACCAGGAAGACGGUCGCAAUUCCCCACCUCCUGAUCCCGAGCGCUCUCGAACGUAUGAACUCCGUGAUGACAUGCCAUUCCUAACGGCUAAGGCCAAACCACCUAUCACUGUAGUUGGGGAUGUCUCAGGGAAGAUUGCCAUCAUGGUGGAUGAUAUUGUUGAUGAUGUACACCGAUUUGUUGCCGUGGCGGAGACGUUGCGGGAAGCAGGAGCAUACAAAAUCUACCUGUUGGCCACUCAUGGAUUGUUAUCUUCUGAUGCACCACGUCUCCUUGAAGAGUCAUUCAUUGAUGAGGUUGUGGUGACCAAUACCAUUCCACAUGAAAUGCAGAAGCUUCAAUGCUCAAAGAUCAAAACCGUGGACAUCAGCGUAAUCCUGGCCGAAGGAAUUCGACGAAUUCACCACGAUGAGUCCAUGUCCUACCUAUUCCGCAAUGUCUUUCUUGAAGACUGACACCACUCACUCUCAGGUUGUUCAGAUUCAUAUUUAAGUUUGGUUAAUGUUGGUUUUGUCAACUUAAGUUUCUGUAUCAUCUUGGCAUUUUGAAAAACCAUUAGUGUACAUUGCCAUGCAGAUAUAACUUCCUUUCUUACCUCUUUUGGCAUUUUUUCUCACUAAUCACAAGGUGCUAAUAAAAUCACAGCCUCUUGUUUGUCUUGGACACCUGUUCAAAGGGAAAAAAAAGUCAAAGGGGACCAAGAGAUGAAUUUAAUUCUGAAUGGGACUGGAAAUGUUGCAUUUAUAGUAUACUAUUAUUGUACUACAGAUAUAGAUUACAUUUCAGUUUUCUUUCAGUUAUUGCUUAGUGUAUGGCUGUGAUUCAUAUUGGAGCAGAACCAUUACUAGCAUGGCCUUGACAAUCUCAAAUUUCAAUCUCUUCUAGUAUCUGUGUUGAGUAUUGGAUCUGUUUUUUUCUAGGCAUCUCAGACUUAUUGUAUCUAGCCUGUGUCAGUGUCAUUAUUUCUUGGUGUGC